AUGAGGAGGGAGCGGGAAGAAUGGAAGCGCAGCGAUGGAUGGGGGGUGCGGGGUGGAGCCCCCCCGCCGAUGCCCGUGACCCCCCCGCCGAUGCCGGCCAAGGAGGAGGCUCGCCCCCCGCCCGAGGGGGCCAGCUGUGACCCCGGCCCCGCCGCCGCCGCCCCCCCCGGCUCUCCGUGCCGGCCGCCGCCGCCCGCGGACCCGCUGGACACCCGCAUCGUGAUGGGGGAGGAGACGCGCUGCCCCCCCCCCGCGCCCCCCAAGGAGCCGCCCCCGAGCCGCCCUCCCGCUCUGGACCCCGAGCUGUUCUUCACGGCCCCCUCGACCCCGGUGCGGGCGGGGGGGGCGCGGCCGCCGCCCCCCGAGGAGCCGGGGGACGGGGACAGGGACAGCGAGGGGCUGUGCUCGCCGCCCACCUCCCCCUCGGGCUCCUACAUGACGGCGGAGGGCGGCAGCUGGGGCUCCUCGGGCACCGCCAGCACCUCCCCGUCCUGCUCCCCCAACCUGGCGGCUGAGGCCGAAGGCCUGGGCGAGGCUGAGGGCGAGGCCGAAGGUUUGGGGGGGGUCCUGGCGCUGCCCCCCGGCCUGGGGGACCCCCCGGCCUUCCCUCCGCUGUCCCCCGAGGAGGACGAUGAUGAUGACGAGGAGGGUCCCUUCGCCCCGCCGGGCUGUGCGGAUGAUGAGGAUGAGGAUGAUGACGAGGAGGAGGACGGGCAGACCCCGGAGGAGGAGGAUGAGGACGAGGGCUCGGGGCUGAUCCCGGCGGCGUUGCUCCCGUUCCGUGGUAGUCUCCUCUUCCAGGCCGAGGCCGUGGAGAUCUCACCCCGGGUCCCCGCCGAGGAGGAGGAAGAUGAAGGCAGCACCUCGGCGUCCUUCCUGCGCUCGCUGUCCGAGAGCUCCAUCCCCGAGGGCGGGGACGAGGCCUUUGCCUUCCGCGACGACACCGACGCCUCCUCGGACUCGGCCGCCUACGACGGGGACGAGGACGAGCGGCUCUACGGGACAGAGCGGCACGCGGGGGACACGGGGACGCCCCCGGGGACGCCCCCGGCACCCCCCGGCCCUGCCGGUGUCGAGCUCCAUCUCCGUGCCGGGUCCCCAUGUCACCACCCUGGCCAGGACACUGCUCCGGGGUCCCUGGGGACACCCCCUGGAGGGGACGUGGAGCUGGAUGGCGAUGCCUUUGUCACCACCACAGGGACGUGGUCCCCGCCGGAGCCCCCCGAGGAGGUUGCAGCGACAGAAGGUUCUGCACUGGUGCUGGGACAGGGACCUUGCCCAGAGCUGGCAGUGACCGACCCUGUUCCCUCGCCCCCCGUGCUCUGUGCCGGGGACCCCCAGAGCCGCCAGCUGGGGGGGAGCAAUGGGGAGCCCCAGGACAUGCCUGGGGGUGACAGUGAUGGUGACAAUGACCUUGAGCUCAGCACUGGGAUAGUGGGGAGUGCUGAUGGCCACAGCGAGCUGGACACUGCAGCCACUGGCUUGGGGACAUCAGUGACACCAACCCCCCUGGAUGAAAUGGCCGGUGAUGCGGUGACACCCAGCCUGAUGGACUCAGUGGACACUGACCUGGUGACACCAGUGAUACCAACCCCACUGGACGCGAUGGACACCGCAGCCACCAGCCCAGCGACAGCCAGCCCACCUGAUGAGCUGGACACUGUGGCCACGGACAUGGUGACACCAGGGACACCAACCCCACUGGAUGAGCCGGACACUGCAGACACUGCUCUGGUGACACUGGGGACACCAACACCACCGAAUGAGCCGGACACUGCUCUGGUGACACCCAGCCUGAUGGACAUCACAGCCAGCAGCCUGGUGGCACCCAGCCCGUCAGGUGCUGCAGCUGCUGAUGUCAUGACAUUGGUGACACCCAGCCCCCCUGAUGAGCCAGACACUAUGGCCACCAGCCUGGUGACAUCAGUGACAAGAAGCCCACCAGAUGAGCUGGAUACUGUGGCCACUGACCUGGUGGCACCAAUCCCGCUGGUGACACCCAGCUCCCCAGAUGAGCCUGACACUACAGCCACCAGCCUGGUGACACCAAGCCCACCACAUGAGCUGGAUAUCACGGCCACUGACCUGGUGACACUGGGGACACCCAACCUGCUGGACAAGAUGGAAGUUGUGGACAGUGUCCUGGUGACACCAGUGACAUCCACCCUGAAGGAUGCUGUGGCCAUUGACUUGGUGGCAUCAGUGAUGCCCACCCUAGUGGCCACUACAGCCACCAGCCUGGUGACAUCAGUGCCACCACACCCCCUGGAUGAGAGGAACACUACGGCCAUCGAUCUGGUGACAUCAGUGACACCUGCCCUGAUGGACACCCCGGACACUGCCCCAGUGACCCCGAGCGUGAUGGGCACCCCAGACACCAAACCGGUGACAUCGGUGACACCAACCCCCUGCGAUGAGACAGCUGCUGUGACCACUGACCCGGUGACCUCCAGCCCCCUGGCCGCUGUCCCUGCCCCGUGUUCCCCUCCCCGGGCCAUGUCCCCCGUGGUGCUGGCAGCCGGGGUGGCCCCAUCUGAGUCCCCAGCUGUCCCCCUGUGUCCCCUGACACAGGAGAUGUUGUCACAGCCGCCUGGGGAUGUCCCUGAAGAGAGGGGCGACACGGCCACCGCCUCGGCCCAGGAUUUGUCCCCGGAGCUGCGGGACACGUCGCACCCCCGCACCGACUCCGGCUUUGUCACCGCCCCCGAGAGCAGCGCCGGAGAGCCCGAGGAGGAGGAAGAAGAGCAUGAGGAUGCGGCCCCCGCGCCCCCCUCGCCGCAGUUCACGGCCUCGGAGCGGGAGGUGUUUGUGGGGACACCCCCGGCCCCCCCCGAACUGCUCCCACCACCCGGUGCCUUUUCGGGGCGUGGGGCCGGGCCGGGUGGGGACCUGCCCCCCACCCUGCAGGAGCCCCCCAGCCCCCGGCCGGGCCCUGAGCCCCCCGGCCACGCUGCAAGCGGCACCGAUGCCAAAGUUCCCCCAAGUCCCCCCGCGCCCCCCCCCGAGCAGCAGGAGGAAGAGGAGGCCGUGGGGGGGGUCACAGCCAGCCCCCUGCCCACUGCUGGGGCUCAGCCAGGGCCUCCUCCUGAGCCCCCCCGCCCUGCGCCCCCCAAACUCAGCCAAGUGCCUCCUCCCACUGCCCUGAGCCCCCCCAGGUGCCCCCCCAGCCAGGAGCCCCCCCCUGGGCUGCCCCUCUCCAGGAAGCACCUCGAAGCCCCCCAGCCCUCCCCACAGAAGCAGCCGGAGCCCCGGGGCCGGGCAGGGGGCCCAGGGGCUGGGGGGGCCCGGGCCCCUCCCCGGGGGUCUCUCCAGUCAGAAUCCAGCUCGUCCAGCGAGGCUGAGGCCCCCCAGCCCCCCCCGGCCCCCCAGCGCUGCCAGCCCAACCACCGAGGUGAGGAGGGGUCCCGUGGGGUGCCCCCGCCUUUGGGGGUCCGGGGAGCCCCUCUCAUCACCCCCCCCCCUUCACUUUGUGUAGGGUCUGGGAACGAGUCCGAGAGCAACGACGAGUCCAUCCCGGAGCUGGAGGAGCCCGAGGGCUCGGAGCUUCCCCCUGCCCAGCCCCAGGUGCCCCUCGGCCACGCCCUCGGCCCCGGAGAGGAACUGCUCAGCAAAGCCAAGCAGAGCCGCAGCGAGAAGAAGGCCCGGAAGGCCAUGUCCAAGCUGGGGCUGCGGCAGAUCCACGGCGUCACCCGCAUCACCAUCCGCAAAUCCAAGAACAUACUGUUCGUCAUUUCCAAACCCGACGUCUUCAAGAGCCCUGCGUCCGACAUCUACAUAGUCUUUGGGGAGGCCAAGAUCGAGGACCUGUCCCAGCAAGUGCACAAGGCAGCGGCUGAGAAGUUCAAAGUGCCCCUGGAGCACUCAGCGCUGGUGACGGACACUGCACCUGCCCUGGCCAUCAAGGAGGAGAGCGAGGAGGAGGAGGAGGUGGAUGAGACAGGGCUGGAAGUGCGGGACAUUGAGCUGGUCAUGGCCCAGGCCAACGUGUCGCGUCCCAAAGCCGUGCGGGCCCUGCGGCACAACAACAACGACAUCGUCAAUGCCAUCAUGGAACUGACCAUGUAG